UUUGUUGAGUAUUUUGAGUACUUAUCAGUGGUCGUGACAUAGUUUGCAACCGUACUUGAAAUAUCGUUCCCUUAGCUUGGCUGGAAGGUACAGGGUCUUAUUUCAGAACUUGACAACCAGUUGUUUGAGAUGCGGCGUUCCAAGCGCAUGCGACACCCUGAUGGCUGGGUUGAGGAGUAUAGCUAUGAGGAGAAGCAGGACAUUCGCAAACGGCAGAGGCGAAGUUCCCAUAGCAGUGACCGGGAAAAGAGACCGAGGCGGUACCACCACUACAAAACAUACGAAAGGUGUCACCUUGACUCUAAGAAGCUGGAGCGCAGAGCCCAGGAGCCCAGUGUGGAGCGAGAGAGUCAUGGGGACAAGGAGAGGGAUGGGGCCAAGGGUGAGCCGUGUAAGGAGCGGAGGAACAGAGACUGGCACCACUACAGCAAAUCCUCCGCACGCAGUGGCCGUAGCCACCAGAGCAGUCGCACACGACACCGCUCCCGCCGUCACAGCCAGGGGCGCUCUGACUCGAGGAGUCACCGCAGGAAGAGAUCCAGAAGUUUUGAGGAUGAUGAGGAGGGUCACCUGAUCUAUCACAAUGGACUCGUACUAAAAGCAAGAUAUGAGAUUGUAUCCACUUUAGGAGAAGGGGCAUUCGGGAAAGUGGUGGAAUGUAUCGACAAACCGAAUGAUGACACGAGGGUGGCGCUGAAGAUCAUUAAGAACAUUGAUCGUUACCGGGAGGCUGCUAUGUCUGAGGUAGAGGUGCUGGAACAGAUGAACUCCCUGGACGACGAGAGAACCUUUGGCUGUGUGCGUAUGCUGGACUGGUUCGAUUACCAUGGCCACAUCUGCAUUGUGUUUGAACUUCUGGGUCUCAGCACUUUUGACUUUCUGAAGGAGAACGGCUUCAUGCCUUUCACUGUGGACCAGAUCAGACACAUGGCCUACCAGAUAUUCAGAGCUGUGUCCUUUCUGCAUCGAAAUAAACUGACCCAUACUGACCUGAAGCCAGAGAACAUUCUCUUUGUCAAUUCUGACUAUGACAUGGAAUACAAUGCCAAAAUGAAACGGGAUGAGAGAACUUUGAAGAACCUAGAUGUGAAAGUGGUGGAUUUUGGUAACGCCACCUUUGACCACGAGCACCACACCUCCGUGGUCUCCACCCGCCAUUACAGAGCACCGGAGGUCAUCCUUGAGCUGGGGUGGAAUCAGUCAUGUGAUGUGUGGAGUCUGGGCUGCAUUCUCCUAGAGUACUACCUUGGGUUAACACUGUUCCAGACGCAUGACAGCAAAGAACACCUGGCCAUGAUGGAGAGGGUUCUGGGGCCCAUACCUGUCCACCUGCUACAGAAAACCAAGAAGCGGCGGUAUGUGCAUCAUGACCGGCUGGACUGGGAUGAACACAGUUCCUCGGGGAGAUAUGUGAGGAAGCACUGCAAACCACUCAAGCAAUACAUGUCCUCCAGGAGCUCAGACCACGAGCAGCUAUUUGACUUGAUCCACAGUAUGAUGGAGUAUGACGUGUCCAGGAGGCUCACCCUGGAAGAGGCCAUCUGGCAUCCAUUCUUCCACCCCAUGAGGAAGGAGAGGAAAAAGUGACCCUGAAGACCACAGCACGCACUACUCUACAUUUCUCUACUCCAAGGGAGACUUUUAUAGACUGCAUCAGUCCGCUAUCUAUGAGAUUAUUACCCUUGUUUACAUACCGAUUGAGCUUACCUGCCUGCUUCAGAUUUAAUUUAUUUAACUUGUGAAUCCUCUUGAUCCCUUCUGAUUUGUGAAUAAAUUUGUUUACUAUGUUCUCAAAAUUGUGUUCCUUCACAUUGAACUAACCCCCUUUUACAUUUUUUUUUUAAACUUCAGAUUAAUUGAUUUGACAUAGAAUAUUGUCAGCCACAUUUGACAUCGGGAAAAACUUAUUGCUCAUUAAAGUUGAUUGAUUGCUAGACAUAUUUUCUGGUCAUUUUCAAGGCAGCAUGGUCAGUAAGACAAACAGUGAUAAGAAUGCAGUCUGUUGGUCUACUUGUAGUAGUCAUAUUUAUCCAGUUGAUGGCAAUACAACAUCCCAUGACUAGAUUCCAGUUCCACACAUGCAAGAGAUGGGAUUUGAAAUAGACAAGUGCACUUUCCUUGAUAAGUUUUAAAAUGUAUUUGUUGAUACAACAUUUGAAUAAAUAACAUUGAGUGUGA